GUUUUCGUUUUGAAAACGCUGGCGGUUUAUUCAGGGAAGUGCAGUGACGGGCGCUGCUGUUUAACCUGUGCUGAGUUUAUUUAAAAGCUUUUUUUUUGUAUUCCUUUUUAGCAACAUGCAGAACAAGGAGAACCGUGAACCCAGAGUCCUCCUCACUCAGAAGGUCGGACCUCUCAGAGAAGAGAUGAACCUUGGUGCAGUCAUAAGCGCUGGUCCUGGUCGAGUCCCAGUGAGACCCACCUCACAGAAGAAAUUUUCAAUUAAGGACUUUGAUAUUGGUCGGCCGCUGGGAAAAGGCAAGUUUGGGAACGUUUAUUUGGCGCGAGAAAAGAAGUUGAAGGUCAUCGUGGCACUCAAGGUGCUGUUUAAAUCCCAAAUGGAAAAGGAAGGAGUGGAACACCAGCUCAGGAGAGAGAUCGAAAUCCAGUCUCACCUCAGGCAUCCGAACAUCCUGCGCUUCUAUAACUACUUCCACGAUUCGUCACGCGUGUUCCUCGUUCUGGAGUACGCGCCACGCGGAGAGAUGUACAAAGAGCUGCAGCACUGUGGCCGCUUCAACGAUCAGCGCACAGCCACGUUUAUGGAGGAGGUUGCAGACGCUCUUCAGUACUGCCAUGAGAAGAAGGUGAUCCAUCGCGAUAUCAAGCCUGAGAAUCUGCUGCUGGGCUUCAGAGGAGAGCUCAAGAUUGCAGACUUUGGCUGGUCUGUCCACGCGCCGUCACUACGGCGGCGCACCAUGUGCGGCACUUUGGAUUAUCUUCCUCCUGAGAUGAUUGAAGGUCAUUCUCACGACGAAAAGGUGGAUCUGUGGUGCAUCGGCGUGUUGUGUUACGAGUGUUUGGUGGGAAAUCCUCCGUUCGAGACAGCCACCCAUUCAGAAACAUACAAACGCAUCACCAAGGUGGAUCUCCAGUUUCCCAAAGUGGUUUCAGAAGGCGCCCGUGAUCUGAUCUCCAAGCUGCUGAGACACAGCCCCGCCAUGCGUCUGCCGCUGAAGAGCGUGAUGGAGCACCCGUGGGUCAAGACCAACUCGCGGAGAGUCCUGCCUCCUGUCUGUCAGCCCAAACCCACUUCUUCACGCUAGCCUUCAUUCCAGUGUGACUUUUUUUUUUUUAAUCUCCUUAAAUAAAAAGUAUUUAAUAAAUAUGUUCAUGUAGAGUAGUAGUUUCUGUAGGACUCUCUCAGUCCGAUCAUUUAGGUUUGGUGCAUGUGGUGGGGGAGGAAAGUAAGGGUGGGGGUCUUGCAAGAUUUCCUCCUUGCAAGUCUGGUUUCUGCUUGGUGCGUGUACAUGCAAGUAACUGAGCCUGCCUUAUACAUGCACUGACUGACCAGUUUGUGAAAUACCCUCUGACCACACAAUUGUGUAUAGUUACUGGUGGGUUGGUUUGGACUGUCUACUCCAGCCAUCAAUGGAAAGGCACCAAAUUAGACCUGCCGAUAUUACGAGGCUGGAAUGAUCUCAAGUUGAGAUUAGACCAAUAUAUAUAUAUUUUUUUUCCUCCAUAGGAUUGCUGGUAGCUGGAUGUUCUUGGUUGUUUUGACUGUUUUUCACCUUUAGUAGUAGCACAAAAAUAUGUAUCUUGUACACUGUCCUUUCUUUGUGUUUUUAGAGCUUUUUAUGGAGUUCCCUGUUGGUGCUCAAGUUAGAUGAUUGUCCUCCUGUCCAAGGAAAGACACGCCCUAGUGGUGUGUGUGUAUGGGGUGUCAGUUCAGAAUGGUUAAAUAAAAACCCUAAUGAAUAAAUGUA